GCUAAACGUUUCUAUCAUACCCUCUGGAGAGAUCAUAGUUGAGCGAGGAAAAAAAAAAGAUUUGUUCGUCACUCUGCUACAACCACACGGUGACAUUUUUUUCUCCAAAUUGGAUCAACCACUACCUGUGACUUCACGACGCGACAUAUACCCUUUCCCUUCGUUUGCAUUACUAUCCAUGCCACCCACGGUGUUUAUUCGAGCGACACUGGCUUCUGACUGCACGAAUCUGCAGGAAUGUGAGAAGCCCACGUCGAUACCCGCCUGGGGUAUUGCCAUCACGGUGAUUGUGCCGGUGCUCCUCUUCGUGGCCAUUAUCGGCGCUUUUAUCUACAGAAACUACCGCAAAAACCAACAGGAGGCAGCGUUCGACAACGACCCCGAGUUUGAUGGCGAUGGGACGAUCUUGCCAGACUACCCGCGUGAUGGCCCAUACAUGCGUGAGAUGAGCGUACAGCCUCAGGUUAAGUCGCAGUCGGACGUGUACUUAAACCCGUUCGAGAGCGGCGCACACAACAUGAACCACAUGUAUGCGAAUAACAACGGGCUGUACAGCGACCCAAUGCGCAGCGUGCGCCAUAGCACGCAAGACGCCGUUUCUAUUCUCUCGCACACGCAGAUCUCCGCGAACCCGUUCGUGUUACCGUACUCGGGGCAGACCGGAUCUAAACACUCGUUGGACGAGUAUGCGCGCAACAUCGGCGCCGAGAAUCCUGCGUACAACGUUGUCAAAUCGAGUUCCCAGCUAUCGUUGGCUCAUCCGUCGCAGCCCUACUCGAAGCGCAACUCCUCGUUCUCGACAUUGUCGAAGAACCUCACGCUUAAUGGGAUUGAGAACGGUGUUGAAGGAUACGGGGACGGGAGGUACGAUGAGUCCGAGGCUAGACACGAUGCGUCGGACGCUACGUCUGAAAGAAGCGAUGUUGAGGCUACUUCCGACAGAUACGACACGAGCGACAACCAUUUGUUGGAGGGCCAGGCCGGGCAGUCGAAGUUAUCGAUAACCACCAAUCUGAUUGACUUCAAAGAUGCCAGAUCCGGCAGUGACGUAACCAGAGACGUGAGAUCUGGCGGGUACGUUCAAAGUUCGGACGAGCUUGACACCGCGACCCUUGAGGAAACUCAUGAAUACGGUUUGAACACGGAUAACCGCCAGUCCUUCGCGGUCAACGAUGAAUCCAAGUUCGAGAUCGACGAGCUUAGCGCCUUCCCCGAGGGUGACAGAGAUAGCAUGUCUCACCGCAACAGCGACACCGCAGCUACCACCGCCCGUGGUUCUCUGCUUGAUGGAGAUGACUACAAGCACGCAGGUAGCCGUCUCGACUUGGUGAACCAGGUCAAGGACGACUUAUCAGCCAAGGAAGAAGAAGAAUUGCAGCGCAUGAAGUCAGUUUACAAGGUUUAUUUUGAAAGAGGAAACCUGAUGAAGUCCGUGGGCCCAGCUGAUGAGCUUUUUAACAAGUACGAGGAAGAGGGCAUGGUUCCACCAUUGCCCCAGAUGCAGGACCAUGCCUAUUUGACAGUUGAGCAUGAUGCCAAAAGAAACACGGUGGCAUCGUCGGUAUAUUCGAUGAUGGAAGAGGGGUACGCUCCAGCUCAGCAUCCGUUCCAGAAGUUUAACCCGCAGAUUCACCAGCAAUACGCAGAGAACCGGAGGUAUGCGGAAAACCAAGGGUACCCACAGGGACAAUACCAGCAGCAACCACGAGGCUACCCAUCAGAGCAGGCCCCCGUCCCCGAGAACCUUCCCUCUCUCCAGCUGCUCCCUACUCCUGCGGACUUCCGCAAAUCUACGCUAGAAACCUUUACCAACUUCCUCCCCAAGGAAAGAACCGGGUCCGCCAAGCCAAAGCUUGGCUUGCAGCCGUUCAAUCCAAUUGAGCAUGCCAACGUCUGGAGUCCUGUCUCACCUAGCGUUUCUGAGUUUCCCCUGACAAUGUCGAUGACUUCAGGGACGAAUCCAAUGUCAGAGAAGACACUUCCAAACCCCGCACAGUUGGCACGCACGUCAAUUGUAAUGAUGAAUUCGGCAGAGUUUGGCCAGAGGAAGGCGCACAAGCCUGCGGGCGCCGUAUCCACGAUGCGCGCACCCCUCACACCGGUCAUGGACGGAAAUGGGAGUGCGUACUUCCCGUCGCCGGAGCAACCGGUGGAUUCGAUGUCUGGACAAGUGGGCAUCCCAUCGACGGGUAACGACAGUGACUUAAGGAAGGCGUUGGGGUCGAAUAGGGACUAUCAGUUCUAGUUCGAACCUGCUAAGGCUUCAGAUUGACUGGCCAGGGGGAUCUGACCGCGAGGAUAUCGGCUACAUUCUGGUGCAUAUGAACGUUGACUCUCGCUUAUUGACUGUCCUGGCCCAUGAGGUUGAUUAAUAGCUAACCAGGGCUGGUAUCAGUGUGUCUAGUGCUGGUUUAAAUUCUACCGUAAAUUGAACUCUAACCGUUUAUGGCUGGCGGCGUUCCGCCAACACCGACUAGACUUGUUACGAACCUGCUUCGGUUAUUGUCUACCAGUUUUUUUCAAUAGACUUCCGACCUUUUUCCUUCGUAUUUUUGUAUAUACCGCGGCACCUCU